AUGGGGCCUUGCUGUGCCCUGUGGGUGGUGCUCACCCUGCUGAAAGGCCUGAAGGGCCAGACCCCAAACACCCCGCCAGGCAUUACCUCCGUGUUACAGAGCUUCCAAGAAGACCAGUUCCAGGGGGAAUGGUUUGUUGUCGGCUUAGCGGGCAGCACCCACAGGAAGACGGACAGGUUCCUGUUGAACCCAUUCAUUGCAACGUUCGAGCAAAAUGAAAACAGUCGCCUUGAAGUGUCAUAUGCCAUGACCCGGGGCCACCGCUGCAUCACCUGGUCUUAUGUGCUGGUUCCGGCGGCACGGCCUGGGAGAUUCUGGGUGGACAGCAGAGAGGAGCCCGAGGAGGUCCAGGUGUACGACACGGACUACAGCGUGUUCGCGCUGAUGCUCUUCCGAAGACAGUCAGGUGGCCAGAGUAUUCUCAGGGUCAACCUGCUAUGCAGGAUGUGGAUGAUCCAGACCCAGGUGCUGGACAAAUUUGUCUGCCUGGUCAGAGCUCUGGGCCUGUCGGAUAACAACAUCGUCUUCCCAGACCUGACAGGGUCUACCUGUGGGGUCCUGGCAACCCCAGAGGGUUCAGCCUGA